AUGCGAAGCUUCUUCCUGAGCGACGAGGAGCUCGGCAAGAAGGACGAUGACCACAACACGAAGCCCUUCCCCAACAACGGAGGCGUGCGACCGUCCAAAUGGAAUCCCGCGGCCCGCGUCCCUCCACGACGCUCCCUCAAACGAAUAGCUCUCGUGCUUCUCGUCGCAGCCGGAGUCUACCUCUUCUUCAAGAACAUCCCCGUCCUUGGGCCCCAUCAGGGAAUGCGCCGUCCGAACUACGUAUACCCCGAUUCCUCUUCGACCCUUCACAAACGCCCUUCGAACGGAGAACCAGCGCGGAUCGUUACCAACUCUCACGUGUCGAACACACCAGAGCGCACUUACAAUGGCCCUGUCAAGUUCCACGACUUGGCGGCCUCACUUCAUGCGAUAGCUGGCACAAGAGGAGGUAGUAUGGUCAAUAGGAACAUCCUGUUCGCUGCCUCGAGCCUGAAGAGUGCCGCCACUUUACUGCCAAUCGCUUGCCAGAUGGCUGCUGAGCUGAAGAACUAUGUCCAUUUUGCCCUGCUGAGUCGAAGUGACAUCGACGUGGAGGAAUUGCGAAGUGUGAACGGCAUUGAUGACUCCUGCCAGAUAAUAUUCCACGAUGCGCGCCCAGACUAUGCUCUCGUAUCGACAGAGGACAGAAUGGAGAAUGCUGUGUUUCGCUCAUUAUACCACAUCAAUACGUACAUGCACCCACAAGCCAUCAUGAUUGACGGGUCAGAUGAAGAGGAAGGCUUUUUUGCGCGAGCCGUACGGCAGCACGUGAAGGGGACGAGAACCACGCUGGUUGAGUUGCCUCUGAAGUCUGCAAAAUCACUCGAAUGGAUGUCAAGGCUAGACAGCGCGUCUCUGCGUCUAUGGGACAAGAACCACAUCGACAUCUUGAUCCAAGCCACUCCGGGAGCUUCAGGGGGUUUGAUCAGGCUUCUGCGAUCCUUAAGCGCAGCUGACUAUACGUCAAGCUCAGUGCCUCAUCUUACGAUAGACCUUCCUCAUGAUGUUGAUCCCCCAACUAAACAAUUUCUCGAGACCUUCACAUGGCCGCCAUCCCACGUGUACAACCCAACUAAUGCUCGCUACCUCUCCCUUCGGCACCGAAUACCUCACCAGAGGUUGACCGAGGAGGAGAGCUCCGCGCGCUUCCUAGAAUCAUUCUGGCCUGCGCAACCCGAGCACUCCCACAUACUUGUUCUUUCACCCCAAGUCGAAGUGUCCCCCAACUUCUUCCAUUAUCUCAAGUAUUCUCUCUUGGAGUAUAGAUACUCCACGAUGGCCGCGUUCCAACUUUGGGACCGCCGGCUGUUCGGUAUCAGUUUGGAGCAGCCUCUUCGACAAUUGAACGGUGAAUCAUUCUCCCCUCCGACGCUUAAGAAUCCCGACUCGGAAAACCCCGCUGGCGAGGAAAUGUCGACGCCUUUUCUAUGGCAAGCACCGACGAGCAAUGCAGUGCUCUUCCUGGGUGAAAAAUGGAUGGAACUCCAUGAUUUCGUCUCAAGGUCGUUGGAAGCCAAGGAGGGCCUGGAGACUGUGCCAGAGCUCCUCUCAGAGAAAAUGAUCGGCAAACAUCACCCAUCUUGGCUGGAACAUGCCUUGAGGUUGUGCCGAGUACGGGGCUACUGGCUGCUGUACCCUGGUCAGGAUACGGCCAGAAACCUGGCUACGGUUCAUAACGAGCUAUCUCGUCUCCCCGAGGAGUAUGCUGGCGAAGAGAGGUCGAAGUCGCUGCUAACGGAUGGCGCGAGCGAUGAAGAGAUCGAUAACGUAAGGCAAAAGCUUCGUCUCGAGUCAGAGAUAACUUUGGCCCCUAGGGUAUCUCUGCUGGAAAGUCUCUCCAACGACGGCAACCUUCGUCCGAUCGGCGACCUGCCCAUCUUGACUUGGGAUGGUCGCACGACGGAUCUAGACGUUUCCAAUUCUCUUGCCGCGGCAUACGAAUCAGAGUUCAAGGAGAAGGUUGGCAGCUGUGAUGUUGAGGCCCCCGAAGAGCUGAUUAGGGUAAGGGAGAAGCUGUCGGCGCAGGAUCUCUUCUGCGCUACAGUAUAA